AUGGCAAUCACUCAGCUCGCUCCGGCGCCAAGGCCGAUUGGCAUCUUCCCAAGGUUUAUUGCCCAGAGCUCGGAAACGCUCGUCCUGAAAGAGAAGAUCUUCUCGCUCUCUGGUGAUUCUUUCGACAUCAAGAGCGCCGGCAGCAACAACACAGCGUUCAAGGUCAAAGGCGAGGCCCUCUCGCUGUCCGGACGGAAGCACCUUCUCGACGCGAACGGGGAUUCUGUUUUCGACAUCCGCAAAGAGCAUUUCACGCUCCACAAGACCUUUUACGGCCAAGAUGAAUCCGGAAACCACCUUUUCGAAGUCCGAAAGAAGCUGCAACUCAUUGGAUCAAAAGCAAUCUGUACUUUUACUUCGACGACAGGCCAAGAGGAAGAACUGAUUAUGGAGGGAGACUUUUUCGACUCGCGAGCGGAGAUUUCCACAAAGGAAGGUCAAGUUGUCGCGCUGAUUGACCGAAAAUACUUCAAUGCACGGGAGUUCAUCGGAGGCCAACAGACGUACGGUGUGACGGUGGCUCCAAAUGUUGACAUGGCAGUCAUAACAGCCAUGUGCAUAUGCUUGGAUGAGUUGAGGAACGAGCCCGCAUAA